AGGCGGAGCGUCAUGAAAGGAGGCGUGGCGACACGAGGCCACGCCCUUUUGUUUUCACAGCGGGGGCGUGUCUUCAUGGAUAUCUCUCUGCAGCGCCCUGAGGAUGGAGGCGCUGGAAGACAGGCUCUUGGCCCUAAAGGAGUCAGCUAGGAUGAUGAUGCCCAAGGACGAGAGAAGUCAAAUCACCUCGCCUAACUGGUACUUGGCUCACGCAGCCAGCAUGCAGGACCUUCUGGAGAAAGCCGAUGUGAAGCCAUCUGUGCUGCUCACAGACUCUCAGAUGAUACUGAAAAAUGAACUGGAUCUCAUCAAAGCUCAGCUCCAUGCCCAGACUAAGGCUUUUCAGGCACUCAGCCAUUCCAUUACUUUGUUGGAACAGGAGAGCAACCAUCAACAGAUUAGGAUCAAGCAGCUGGAAGAGGAAGUGCAAUUUGCCUCCCACUCAACUCAUGGGGAGACCUUUGACGACCUAGUGCAGAGAAGGAUCCAGGAGGUUUGGAGAGUCAUGGCCAAAGAGGUGGAAGGACUCCAGGGCUCGAUGGUCCAGAAGGAAAGCUCAGUGGAGAGCCUGUCUCGGGAAGUCCUUGAAAGCAAGACAUUCCUUUGGGAGGAACUGGAAGCAGUGCAGGCCGAACUGCGACGCAUCCAUCAGAAACUGAAAGACCAGGAAGUUGACAUAACAAGGAACCUGGUCAGCAUCAAGAAAAUGCAGGAGAAUCAAAUAAAAUGCACCAAGAUCCUGAGCCAGCUGAGGGGCAAAAACCCAGAAUAUCCCUCAGAGAAAAAUAAGUUAGUGUCUGAAGAGCUGAAUGACAUCUGGUCAGCUGUCAACACCCUCCGUAACACCGUCUCUGACAACAUGUGGACUGACAAAAGGGGGCCUUCAAGAAUAAAAGGCCGAGGCAGUCGUCACCACAGAAAGGCUAAUGUACCUGGCUCCAUUUUCUCUGACUCUGCCGUGUAUCCGUCUUGCAACACAAGGGAGCAGGGCUCAUAGAAUGAAGAGUUGUGGAAUGAGAUUCAAGAUCCUGGAGAGAAGAUGAGCUCUUCUUUUCAGCUGAAUUAUUGAUGAUGCAGAGGAAAUUAAACCAGACUCCUUGGAAGUGGCAUGUGCUGGGCAUCAUUGUGUCUUAUUCCGAGUUGACUUGGUCCAUAUGUUUUGUGUUGUCAAAGGUCUCAAGCAAGAAUCUGUCUUCCAGUUAUAUCUGGAAAGUCCCGGAAGGGAACGUAUGAUCUUAUGUAUGAGAACCGUGUUCUCUUCCACUGAACUGUGAACCUUAUUUUGGAUUGGUGACAAGAAGGCAGCUGGAGUUGUCUAGUAAACUUCUACUGUCAUUCUUACCAUUGUGGGAAUUUUAGUUCUGCUUGUCUGUCUCCAACGAUGCCUUUCUAGACCUGAGAUAGGUAACGGAGGAAGUGUAGGAAGCCAAUUUUCUGCCUUGAGAUCUCCCAGGAGCUGUUGGACUGUCAAAAAUACAGCCCAUUUUUUUCAAUCAGAGAUACAAUUGAAGCCAGAAUUAUUUUUAUUGGGAAUGUCAGAUAAACAAAAUAAUUAAACUACAAAGUAUUGCACUAGAAGAUAAUAGCAGCAAGGAUAUUAUAUGCACAGUUUUGCAAGGCAGACCUCCCAGCAAUAGACAAAUGGAUGGUUAAAGUCUUUACAACAACAACAAUUCUUUAUUGAUUAGUCACUUUUGACCAUAUCAAAACAUGUAAAACAUACAAUACGUACACACUUACGCAUACAUACAAUAAAACCAUGUAAAGAUACAAAACAUCCCGACCUGCGGCCUAAUAACCUGCUCCUAGACAAAUACAGAGUAAAAAGGUUAAAGUUAGUAAUUUCCUAAGGUAAGGUUUGAAUGAGGACAGGGGUAAGUAAAACAAGUGUCUUUAAAAUAGCAAACAUGGACACAUUAAUAAUGAUGAACAAAGAAAAGCAAAAAAAAAUUAUCAAGGUCUGGGAGCCAUUUCUAAACUUUGGAAAAAAAAGAAAAAGGAAAGGUUUUUUUAUAGAAAGCUUCAUAAUUUAACCUGUUAGAAUCUGUGUACAGAAUUUAUACAUAAUGACAAUCAGACCAGAAGAAAGAAUAGAAAAACAAUGUAAUAGGAAGGAAGAACAAAAUUAUAUAUCGAUGUCUUCAACCCAAGGGAUGGGGAGUCACUAAAUUGGGAGGGGUAGGAGGAGGGAAGGGUAUAACCAAAUACAAUGCAUGUUAGGAAGUAUUGUACUGGUUCAAUACUUCCUAAAACUUGUUUGUUUCAUUGUUUUUCAUGAAUAUGUAAAUCUAUGUAAAUAAAAAUGUAAAUGUUUGUUUCAUGA